UUUCAGUCGUGGCCAUGGAAACAAUGACAGAAGAAAAUAUGACUAUCUCGGAAGAACUGGGUUGUGCACCGUUCAGCACCAAGGACAGGUUCACAAUUCGAGGACAACGGUAUUCGCUACAGCAUGCACUUGUGACGCAGCAAAGUACAGAUGAAAUUCAAUUAAGAUCGAAUAAACAUACGUUAUAUUGUGUACAAAAUCGAGUUACACAGUAUUGUUCCACGAUGGUCCAAUGUCAUGUCAAAAAAGGUGUUCCAGAACACUGUUGCGUCAUAGAGCGCCAUCUAGCGUCCCGGCAACGCGGGACAACAUUACAACACUGAACUUUGUACAGAGGACACGCAUGUUCGUGUCUUGGUACUUCUCAGUUUUCUAUAAGUGAUAGAUUUUCUCGCCACGAUGAGUCGAGUGGCAGACAAAUGCCUCAGCGGCGUAUUUUACGUCCUGACGGCGCUAUCACUUGUGAAGAAGUCCAAGUCAGCAGCACAGAAAAAGCUACGAGUCACGGUUCACGCAGCGACUGGUCAGGGGAGUUUUGGCCCCGGCAAGUUCAUGACAACAAUCCGGCUGGGCGAGGAGAAGUUCAGAACCGGACUGAAGAAGGCGACAUCUCUGAUAUGGGAGGAGUCCGCAGAGUUUCAGUCCCCGGCGGAUCCUGACGACAAAGAAAAUAUCGUCUUGAAGCUGAGAAAGGCAAAGAAGUGUACCGAGCGAACGGUUGGGAUCGUCACCAUCAACGUGAAAGAAGCUCUGGAGACCAACCUCCACCUGCCGAUUAAGAGGCGUUAUUUGGUGACGCCUAGCGACAAACAGCAGAAGUGCAGGGUGUUCCUGGAGGUAUCCGUGACUAUUGAUGAAGGGGAGAAGCCCAGUAAGGGAGAAACCGCAGGGAAAAUCACAGAAGGAGAGGCUGCUUUCGCAUCAGUUUUGACCAAGUCCACGGGUGCACAGGCAGUAGCACCACCUGCCGAGAUCAAUCCACACUGCAGGGAGCAGAUCUCCGCCAUCACCAGCCUGUAUGAGGAGCUGACAGCGAAGCAGUCAUCCUCGGCGGACUUGCUGACGUACGUCGACGGGCUUCGCGCCAAACUGGCUGUAGCGGCGCCGCACGUGUUGGACAAUGUCGUCAUCAAGAACAUGGCAGCAAACGUUCCAGACCUCACACACUAUGAACUUCCAGACAUGGCCGGUGAGAGUCUGGAGGGACUUGAGAAGGUUCUAAAGGUUGUGCAGAGGUUGAACGAUGAGGAAGACGCCCGACUUCAUUUCAUUAAAAAAUGGUAUGUGGAGGAGUUAUGCCGGCAGGCGAUGGAGGAAGCACCCGAAGUGUUGGAAGGCGGCUGAUGUACUGUGUAGUCACGCCACCACGCGGCAGAUAUAGACUGCUGCAGCUAGAGGGUUUCUUUAAAGCCAUUUUGUUCAUUAAAAUGUUAAAUUGUUAAGGUUCACAUAAUUUUGCAAGACUUAUUCAUGUUAAUACCUUUCAUUACAUUUGAGUGCUGUGCAUUGAAUCAUUCUACUACUACUGAACCAAGACCUUUAAUGUUAUAUAACUACACACGAGUUCAUCCUAUAUAGUAGGAUUUGACUUGUCAAUCUUUGAAGUGUUGCAGUUUAUAUUCACUAUCUUUAUAUUGUGUAAAACCAUAAUGAAAUUAAUGACAUUGUUUACUCUGCCGUUGUGGGGUUAUAACGUUACAGGUUUGUGCAAUGCGUUCAUUAUUAGCUUUUUUACAAUACAAUUUACAGUUCACUUACGCUACUUGUAUUCUGGCUAUAAUUGAGGUAUAGGAGAGGAAGCUGGGUGCUGUAAGGCGUAGAGUGUUUUCUGUUGAUACUUUGAUACCCUAUGGUGAAAAAAAGACACAUUAACCUGUUUGUAGCCUAUACAAAUGUGUAUGUCGCUCCCAUAGCAGGAAGUUGAAGAAAUUAUUUGGAUAACUACUACAUGUAUCCUUACACGAUUGUAUGGCAAAUAACCAAACAAAAGUAAAAGAGGCGUUUUCGUAAUAUGGGAAAAUUGGGUGUUGUAUUCUUUAUUCAAAUUACAAGACAAACAAGAAUAGAUAUAGCAUAAACGAUCUACUGCGAAAAGCUACAUGUCUAAUGCAAUAUCCAGCGUGAAAGUCCGACAUUUGCUUAAGACCAAAUACAGCAUAUUUCACCAUACCCCUACCCAAGCA